AUGAACCCCACGGCUUUGACGGACACCACCCAGGAUGAGAGCAUAUACAGCAACUAUUAUCUCUAUGAAAACAUCCCCAGGCCUUGCACCAAAGAAGGCAUCAAGGCUUUUGGGGAGCUCUUCCUGCCCCCGCUUUACUUGCUGGUCUUUCUGUUUGGCCUGCUUGGCAAUUCCAUGGUGGUCCUGGUCCUGCUCAAGUACAAGAGGCUCAAGUCCAUGACUGACGUCUACCUGCUCAACCUGGCCAUCUCCGACCUGCUCUUCGUCUUCUCCCUCCCCUUCUGGGCCUACUACGCGGCCGACCAGUGGGUGUUCGGGCUGAGUCUGUGCAAGAUCAUCUCCUGGAUGUACCUGGUGGGCUUCCACAGCGGUAUCUUCUUCAUUAUGCUCAUGAGCAUCGACAGGUACCUGGCGAUCGUGCACGCAGUGUUUUCCUUGAGAGCCAGGACCUUGACUUACGGCGUCAUCACCAGCGUGGCCACCUGGUCGCUGGCCGUCCUCGUCUCGCUCCCAGGCUUUGUCUUCAGCACCUGCUACACGGAGCGCAACCACACGUACUGCAGGACCCAGUACUCCCGGCAUCCCACGGCCUGGCGGGUCCUGAGCUCCCUGGAGAUCAACGUUCUGGGGCUGCUGGUGCCCCUGGGGAUCAUGCUGUUCUGCUACUCCAUGAUCAUCCGGACCCUGCGGCACUGCAAGAACGAGAAGCGCAACAAGGCCGUCAAGAUGAUCUUUGCCGUGGUGGCCCUGUUCCUCGGCUUCUGGACUCCUUACAACAUCGUUCUCUUCCUGGAGACCCUGGUGGAGCUGCAAGUCCUCCAGGACUGCACCUUCGAAAGGCACCUGGACUUCGCCAUUCAGGCCACGGAGACCCUGGCUUUCGUUCACUGCUGCCUUAACCCCGUCAUCUACUUCUUUCUGGGUGAGAAAUUUCGCAAGCACAUCCUCCAGCUCUUCAAAACCUGCCGGGGCCCUUUCUUGCUCUGCCAGUACUGUGGGCUCCUGCAGAUUUACCCCGCCGACACCCCCAGCUCCUCCUACACACAGUCCACCAUGGACCAUGAUCUCCACGAUGCCUUGUGA